GACAAAAGUUUGGGAGAAGUUGGUCUGUGCCGAGCGAGCGUGAGAGCGAGGGGGCGGGGGCCCGGCGAGUGGACGCGUGGGUCCACAGACCUGCGGACCGGACGGUCGCAGCUGCGGGCCUUGGCUAUCCCGCUUCACGCCAGCAAUGUGUGGAGGGACGCUGCCCCUCCCGCCGGGGGAUGCUGCGGGGUCCCAGGCGCGGGGCAGCCGGGCCGCUCCCCGCUAAGCCCCGGUGCCUACCCCGUGCCCCUGGGCAACCCGAGUCCGGCUGCAGGGACCAAGUAGCCCCUGGCCGCCGAGACGCUGCGGGGUGCCGGGCGGGGAGGGGGUCGGAGGCCCCAGACCCGAGGGCAUGGAGCGGUUAGGGGAGAAAGCCAGUCGCCUGCUGGAGAAGUUAAGACUGUCGGACUCCGGCAGCGCCAAGUUCGGCCGCAGAAAGGGUGAAUCUAGCCGGUCUGGGGCUGAGGGGACCCCCGGGCCGGGCAAGGGGCGUCUGAGUGGGCUCGGGGCACCUAGGAAGUCAGGGUCCCGAGGAGCUGCUGGGGGACCCGGGGAUGAGCCGCUGGAACCCGCCCGAGAGCAAGGACCGCUGGACGCAGAAUGGAACCCGCGCAGCUCCUUUGAGACGCCGCGCUACGAAGGCUCCUUCCCCGGGGGACCGCCGCCCACUCGGGCCUUGCCUCUACCUCAGUCCUUGCCCCCCGAUUUUCGGCUGGAGACCACGGCUCCGGCUCUGAGCCCCCGCUCCAGCUUCGCCAGUAGCUCAGCCAGCGACGCGAGUAAGCCGUCCAGCCCCCGGGGCAGCCUGCUGCUGGACGGCGCGGCGGCUGGCGGAGCCGGAGGAGGCAGCCGGCCCUGCAGCAACCGAACCAGCGGCAUCAGCAUGGGCUACGACCAGCGCCACGGGAGCCCCCUGCCCGCUGGGCCGUGCCUAUUCGGCCCACCCCUGCCUGGGGCGCCCGCGGGCUAUUCCCCCGGAGGGGUCCCGUCCGCCUACCCGGAGCUCCACGCCGCGCUGGACAGACUGUGCGCUCACCGGCCCGCGGGGUUCGGCUGCCAGGAAAGCCGCCACUCGUAUCCCCCGGCCCUGGGCAGUCCCGGAGCACUGGCCGGGGCCGGAGUAGGAGCGGCGGGGCCCUUGGAGAGACGCGGGGCGCAACCGGGACGACACUCGGUGACCGGCUAUGGGGACUGCGCCGCGGGCGCCCGGUACCAGGACGAGCUGACAGCGUUGCUGCGCCUGACGGUGGGCACGGGCGGACGGGAAGCCGCCGCCCGUGGGGAGCCCUCCUGCUUGGAGCCGUCGGGUCUCGAGGAACCUCCAGGUCCGUUCGUCCCCGAGGCCACCCGGGCCCGGAUGCGAGAACCGGAGGCCAGAGAGGACUACUUUGGCACCUGUAUCAAGUGCAACAAGGGCAUCUACGGCCAGAGCAACGCCUGCCAGGCCCUGGACAGCCUCUACCACACCCAGUGCUUUGUCUGCUGCUCCUGCGGCCGGACUUUGCGCUGCAAGGCUUUCUACAGUGUCAACGGCUCUGUGUACUGUGAAGAAGACUACCUGUUUUCCGGGUUCCAGGAGGCAGCAGAGAAGUGCUGUGUGUGUGGCCACCUGAUUCUGGAGAAGAUCCUGCAGGCCAUGGGCAAGUCCUAUCACCCGGGCUGCUUCCGGUGCAUCGUGUGCAACAAGUGCCUGGAUGGCGUCCCCUUCACAGUGGACUUCUCCAACCAGGUGUACUGUGUUACUGACUACCACAAAAACUAUGCUCCAAAGUGUGCGGCCUGCGGCCAGCCCAUCCUCCCCUCCGAGGGCUGCGAGGACAUCGUGAGGGUGAUAUCCAUGGACCGAGAUUAUCACUUCGAGUGUUACCACUGUGAGGACUGCCGGAUGCAGCUGAGUGAUGAGGAAGGCUGCUGCUGCUUCCCACUGGACGGACACUUGCUCUGUCACAGCUGUCACUUGCAGCGGCUCAACGCUCGACAGCCCCCCACCAACUACAUCUGAGCCGUGGGCCUCACCACUGCCGUCACGACCAUGACAGACUCUUCUGGCCGGCAGGCCCUCACAAGGCCAGUCGAGGCAGGGGACGCGCUCUGCGGACCUGGCAGAAGAAUCCACAUAGAGAGGGCCCCAAGGGCCAGACACCCAAAGAUUCCAACAUUCCAAAUGGAUUGAAGAGGAGCCGCCCUCCGAGUGCCAGGGUGGGGGUGACCGGCCUGCUUUCCAUGUCUAGGAGGGCUCAGCUCCUUUCUGAACAGUGUCUGAAGUUCAUGUUUGUGCAUGAGGCGAGCAUGUUCUGGUUCUGGGUGAUGGGAGGAGAGGCCGUCCCGGGAGCUUCUUGCUCUCAUGCCCCCACACGUGCCAUCAGGUGUGGAAGCAGCCAGGCAUUUUCUUUAGUAUCCUGUCUGUUACCUGGUUGAAGAAUUGCCAAUCCCAGUCCUUAUUCAUGAGUUAUUUCUUGGCUGCCUUCUCCAGUGGACCAGGAGAGUGCCCCAUCUCUGCGGGGUGCAGGGACCUGCUCCAGGUGGGCCUGCUGCAUGGAUUGCCUGUUUCUCAGGGACUCUGUGGGCCUGGGGAAGCCGAGUGGGUGUCUGUUCUUCCCGGCUGGGGAGGUGAGGAGCAGGUGUGGGCGUGACACUUGCU